AUGCCGAAUCAAUCUAAAAUAUAGAAAUAUUUUUAAAAACAUAUAUAUAUAUAUAUAUAUUAAGUCGAGGAACAAGGAAUAUCGAACUCUUGUUUGACGAACAAGACAAGAGAUAAACAUUUAUAAAAACGGUACCAAUCAGUACAGAUAAACCGUGAACAUUUUAAACCUACUGGAUGAGAAAUGUAUAAACAUUUUGUUUCUGUUUACUUUAGAAGAUUAAAACCUCUGAUAUUGUUAUCAAAUCCCUUUUAAAUAUCUGAGCUUACUGAUUCUGGUAUCAUCCCCGAGUACUGUAAAAAAAUAUAUACCGACAAAUGAAACACAGAUGACGCAAAAGUAGUAUUUAGUAUUUAUCGUAUUUAUUUAUUGUAUUUAUUUAUUUACUUUAAAGUUACGACCGUCGAAGGUGGAACUAGCUUCAGCCGAUGGUCGACAGGCGUCGGCAGUGACGCGGUCAUCCCAGCGACACCUGCCGGUAGAGGGCGCUACCCGCAGUCUGAAAGCAUCUGACACGAGCGAGAGCCGCUGUUUACUGUGAGGUCGUUGUUUUGUUGUCACGGUAACCCGAGGCGUCACCUCCAGCUGUAACCGGUCUUGUAAAUCCGAGGUCUAGUUUUGAUGUUUUCCUUACAACGGCGCAAGUUUGAAAUGCCGAGGUCGACGCGCAGCUUUAAUCCGCCCGUGACCUCUCUGCGCUGUCAGGCCGAGAGAAUGUGCCGGAGCCGGGGAGGAGCGGGGGAGACUCUGAGCUGCUGAACUCCGCAUCCAGGUGGUUCAACUGUUCUAUUAUUUUUAUUAUGGUGGAGCCCAGCAUCCCUGCGCUUCGUUUGGACCUGAACAACUUCGACGUGGCCGAGGCCGAGAGGAGUCGGUAUGUUUUAACCAGUCCCCGCUCACUGGAGUCCUGCGCGCGGCUCGGUGUCAAACCGGUUGCGCUUCUGAUCAAAUCACUGAACGAGUUGAUCGCUGAGCAGAAUGACGUGCCCCGCGAGGCGGUGCGAGUCAUGCACGAAUCCUACGAAAGGGAGAGACUGAAGCUUUUGCAAAUGUGCCGAGGGGAGCGGGAGAGGAUUAUCCAGGGGACAGCAGGGAGCAGGUGGCCAGGCUCUGACAGAGUGUCAGGCCUGGAAGCGGAGCCUGUCACCAAACUGAAGGAUCACUUGAGGCAGAGACUGUCCAUACCAUAUGCAGAUCUGUGCCUUAGAGGGAAAUCUGUCAACGGGUCCUCCUGUUCUGCUGCUGGCAGCAGGGAGCCAGACAGGAGCACAGUCUGCAGCUUCAGGCUCGGAGACCUCAGACACUCCCCGGCUACUGAGAUGAAACUGGAGAGGCUCACCAAGGACAUUGAAAGGGAGAUGUGUGUCACGGUGUCAGAGAGAGACCGCAAGAUAGCAGCUCUCAUGCUGGUAAAGCAUGAAGAGGAGCAGACUCACCUGGAGCUCUGUCAACAGGAGGAACAGGAGCGAGAGGAGGCCCGUAGGCUGGAACAGGCUCAGCGGGCUCAGGUAGAGAGGAGGAGGAGGAAGAAACUGAAGCAGAGUAUGCAGCGCUGGCAUCAGGAGCUGCAGGACCGAAUGAGGCUGAGGGAGCGUCAAGAGAUGGAGAAAGCAGGACAACUCAAGCAGGAGGUGCUGCUGCUGGAGGACCGCUGGGUGAGGCUGAAAGAGGAGGUGGAGGCACAACGCAAAGAGAAGAUAGAAGCUGCACAGAAAGAGGCAGAGGGGCGCAAGCGCUGCCAAGAGAAGCUGCUGAGAGAGAAGCAGGAGGUGGAAAAAAGGCAGCAAGAGAAGGAGAGACAGGUGGCAGUGGAGAGGGAGGAGAAGGCCAGGAGGAGCAAACUGUUGCAGGAGAAAAAGGAGAGGAAGAGGCUCCAGGAGGAAAAUCGCAGGGAGCUGCUACGACACAUCCUGCUGAAACAGCACAAAGAGCAGAAGGUGGAGGAAGAGGAGGCACAGAUGCGGAGCACGCUCGAGAGGAAGCUGCAGCACUGCUGCGAGAAACGUGCCCAGGCUGUGGAGGCGCGGCUGAGGGAGCUGCAGGAGCGGGCAGCCCGGGAGGAAGAGCAGGUUCAGAGGGCCCAGCUGAGGUCCAAGCUGCAGAGCGUCCAGCAGCUCACGCACAAACAGAUCCUGGUCCAACUGAGCCAGCGUCGCAUGGAGCGAGCCGCCCUGCACGCCUUGGCCCAGCACAGGGGCAGAGCUCAGCAGACACAGCAACGCAACAGACACCGGCAGCUCUGCCACCAGAGGCUCAGAGAGAGGAUGCAGAGGGAGGAGGAGGCCGCCAGGAAGGCCAGAGAGAGCUUUGUCUCCGUGAAGGAGUGGAGGAGGGAGAGGCUGCGGAGACAGCGGGAGCAAAUACAGGAGGAGGCGCAGGCGCUGGCUCGGGCCUCCUUUCACAUGAGGGACAGAGUGAGGCAGCUCACACACAGUCGCACCUUCGAUCAGAUGGCUCUGCAGGCUCAGCUGACAGCCUCCAUGAGCCACAUGAAACUAUGAAAGAAAGGGAUUUGCUCCCGUCCUGAUUUCAGACAUAGCAUAUGAACGAAAAGGAGUUAGGCCUGACCUUGUGAUGACCUCCCGCCCAGAUGAUCAGUACUGGUGGUUUGUAUUGGACGGUCCAGCAUGACACUGUGCAGUGUCUGUCUUUCUGUCGAGAUACACGUUAGAUCAAAAGGAAGUCCGGCGAGGACAGGUUUUGUUUUUAGCCUGUGGAGAGUAGAGUAGUGUGGCUAGGUGAAGGCUGUAGACCAGAGA